AUGAUAAACAAUUUAAACAAGAUAAACCAAAGUAUAAGACUGAUACAAUCAAAUGAUUUCAAUAAAUUCGGUGUAUUUACAAAUUCAAUUGUUAAUUUACCUGAUCCAAUAAAAUUAAUUAAAGAUGCAAGUGACGAUGAAAAUUUAUUAUAUAAAAUUAUAACUAUACCUAAUGGUGAUAUUCAACCAAUACGGAUUGAUGGUAGACAAUUAUAUAAAUUUGAAAAUUUAGAGGGAAGUAAUCCGAUUGUAAAACCAUUAGAUUUAGAUUAUGAUUCUAUAUCUUAUCCAUUAAUUUUAAAUCAAAUAUCGCAUGGUGAUUUGAAAAAUAAAUUAAGGAACUUAAUUAAUUUCAUAAAUAGGUAUUCAAAUUUAAUACCAAAUUAUCCAGAUAUACAAAAUGAAUUAAACGAAUUAAUUAAAAAGUAUAACAAUGAGAUUAGAGAAAUUGAUUCAUUAACUAUGGAAUUAGAAAAUGAACCUGAUUCGAAUUAUGAUGAUGAUUUAGAUGAUGCAAUAGAAUUAGAAGAAAAAUUAAUAAAAGAUUUAGAAUCAAAAAUUAAUCAAUUAAAUAAUUAA